GGACGAUAUGGGGUACACUACAUCUGCCGGUCAAACUUCAGUCGGACUAAUAAAGCUUCAUGAGGAAAAGCAAUUUAGAUCUUUGACUACCUCCAAACAUACUUAGUAGCCAUGAGCUCUCAUUCUUACUUUCAGUUGAGCUAUAGUUUCUACAAUUCAAGACUUCACCAUGACAUCCUCGCCAUUCCUCACUGACGAAGCACAAUGGAUCUGGGUGCCAGAUUUUGAUGAUACCACUGAUCCUGGCCAGUUUGUUCUAUUCCGAAAGUCGUUCACUCUGGAGAAGCUUCCAAUUGAAGAAACUGUACUUCAUGUUUCUGCGGAUACUCGGUAUCGUUUGUUUUUGAACGGCAAACGAAUCAGUUUCGGACCUUGCAAGAGUUAUCCAACAAGAUGGUACUACGAGACGGUGGACAUCACUCCAUUGCUACAGCCGGGAAAGAAUGUAUUCAGCGCCAAAGUCUUGAGGUUCUCCGCAACCAAUGCGGCUGGCACAUCGAUGGCCAGGACUCCUUUGCCAGGACUCAUCCUCUGGUGUCAGAUAGGGGAGCAAAAGCUUCAUACCGAUGCCACUUGGAAGGCAGCCAAAGACCAAGAAACGUCACUCCUACCAUCUUCAAAAUGGGAUUUCCGGAUGGGACCUCCUUUUCUAGACCUCAACGAAGAGAUUCACGCAAACAAUAAAUUGUUGGGAUGGAGGGAAGUCGAGUUUGAUGAUGCAUGUUGGAAGAAUGCCGAGAUAAGGACCAUGAAGAGAAAGAUGUCACCGAUGCUGGAUCCAAGAAAACUCACGCCCAGGCCAAUACCCCAUCUUCCCGAAAUAUCUCGACGAUUUGACAAUGCUGUGACAUGCACUGAAAAUUCGAGCUUGAGCGAUUGGAAUAUGCUAUUGCAAAAUGACAGACCUAUGAAGUUAGCGGCUGGUACAAAUUCAAUUGUCGAAAUUGAAUCGAAUAGUUUGACUACUGGAUUCCUUGAAUUCAGCUUCGAGAUUGAAGGUCAUGCAUAUCUUGCACCCAAGAUCGAAAUUCUCUGUGCUGAAUCCUACGAGAAUGAUAUGGAUGGUGGCCAGCCAAGAUCAAAAGAGGACCGCACAAAUUUCAAGACUGGAAAGUUGUAUGGACCGAUCGAUACAUACAUCUGUCAUGCGAACCAGACAAAAUAUUCUUACGAACCUUUCUGGUGGCGCACAUUCCGAUAUAUUCGGAUUUCCGUAACGUGCCCUCCACAUACCUCACUCCAAUUCAACUCCAUCACAUACCGUUCCACUCAUUAUCCUCUACCUAUCACUACUACUAUCAGUAGUACCCCUCUUGUGGAUAAGCUCCACUCGACAUCUGUUAAUACUCUCCUCAAUUGCAUGCAUGAAACCCAUGAGGACUGUCCGUAUUAUGAACAAAAUCAAUUUGCCAUGGAUACUCGCUCCCAACUUUUAUUCUCCUACACAAUCUCUCACUCGGACCUUCUUGCCCGGAAAACAAUUCACGAGUUCUUUGCAUCUCGUAGAGAUGACGGGCUAUUGGAAACGAACUUUCCAAAUCCUGGCCGCUCCAUGAACAUACCCCAGUUCUCUUUGUACUGGAUACUUAUGGUUCAUGAUCAUUCGUUACACUUCCAAGAUAUCACGUUUAUCAAAAAGUUUUUGGGUACUAUUGAUGGAAUUCUGGAUCAUUUCAGCGAUCGUUUAAAUGAUCUCGGCCUUGUGGGACAGUUUCAUGAAGAGGGCACAUGGGCCUUCGUUGAUUGGGUGAAAGAGUGGUUUACUCCAUCACGAGGGUUUUCUAGUAUGGGGGUUCCCAAAGCGUACUUUGACAAAGGAGCUGCUACUAUCAACAGCUUAGUUUAUGCAAUAGCUUUGAGGUCUGGCGCAGCUUUGUGUGAAGCAGUUAGCAGGAAGGAUACUGCAAGUGAAUACCUUGAUAGAGCUAAUGCUAUCAUUCGAUCUGUCAAUGAAAAUUGCUAUGAUAGCAACAAGAGUCUGUAUCUCGAUGGGCCCGGCGCUAUCGGACAGAGUUCACAACAUGUCCAGAUUUUCGCAGUGCUUGCAGAUGCUAUAAGCGGAGAGCCAGCCAAAGACCUAAUGAGAAAGACCAUCCACGAAAGAGAAGCACUGGGACUUGCAAAGGCAUCAUUUGCAAUGUCCUUCUAUAUGUUCCGAGCUGUCGCACAAGCAGGAAUUUAUGAAGAAGUCUGGGAGGAGUUAAUAGGCCCGUGGAAGAAGAUGCUUGACCAGAACUUGACCACUUGGGCAGAAAGUGAAAGUAUGGUCAGAAGUGAUUGCCAUGGAUGGAGUGCAACUCCGAUGUACGAGAUUGUGAGGGAAAUUGCUGGCAUUCAAUAUCCAACCACGAAAGAUAGUGAAGGAGGUUUAACAACGAUUAUCAAGCCUAGACAGAAUUUGGUGAAGCAAAUGAAAGGGACAUUUGUGAUUGUGGGAGGUGGAAGUGUAGAUAUUUCCUGGGACGAUUCUGGGGUGAUCAAGGUUCUUAGUUCGGACGAUAUUCAGGUUCAAUUGGUGCUAAUGGGAGUCACUCAUGACACCAAGCUUUUACAAGGCGUUGAGCAAUCUUUUCAGCUAGAAAUAUAGAGUAUAGAAGGCAUAAUACAAAACUUCCAGCCAUGGCCAGUCA